UGAAGUAGACUUUUUAUCCAACAAUUUCAGCUUCAAAUACCCACUUUUUCUCUUCAAAAUUACAAUAAUUUGAUGAGAUUUAGUUGAUUUUCAAGUUUGUUUCAUAACCCAGAAGUUUGAUUUUGUUUAGAAGAACGAGUAAAAAUGGAGAUUUGGAAGUUGGGUUUGUUUCUGGUUGCUGUAAUUUCGUUUUCUGGGGUGAGAAUUGAUGCAAAGAGGAUGUCUCAGCCUCAUCCGACUGAGCGUAUUUCAGGUAGUGCUGGUGAUGUCCUGGAUGAUAACCCUGUGGGCAGACUGAAAGUUUUUGUUUAUGAGCUUCCUAGCAAAUACAACAAAAAGAUCUUGCAGAAGGAUCCAAGAUGUCUUACCCACAUGUUUGCAGCUGAGAUAUUUAUGCACCGGUUUCUUCUUGCUAGCCCUGUCCGAACCCUUAAUCCUGAAGAAGCUGAUUGGUUUUACACCCCAGUGUAUAGCACUUGCGAUUUAACACCAAAUGGUCUUCCACUGCCAUUUAAAUCCCCACGCAUGAUGAGAAGUGCUGUACAGCUUAUUUCAUCAAACUGGCCUUAUUGGAACAGGACAGAAGGAGCAGAUCAUUUUUUUGUGGUACCUCAUGAUUUUGGUGCUUGCUUCCAUUACCAGGAAGAAAAAGCAAUCGAAAGAGGUAUUCUUCCUUUGCUCCAACGUGCUACUUUGGUUCAGACUUUUGGUCAGCGAAAUCAUGUAUGCCUGAAGGAGGGCGCAAUCACCAUUCCUCCAUAUGCUCCGCCACAGAAAAUGCAAGCUCAUUUAAUCCCUCCAGAUACACCUCGCUCCAUCUUUGUUUACUUCCGGGGUCUCUUUUAUGAUGUCGGAAAUGACCCUGAAGGAGGUUACUAUGCAAGAGGUGCAAGAGCAGCUGUUUGGGAAAACUUCAAGGACAACCCACUUUUUGACAUCUCAACAGAGCAUCCUACAACAUACUAUGAGGAUAUGCAAAGAGCUGUUUUUUGCUUGUGCCCUCUAGGCUGGGCACCUUGGAGUCCAAGAUUGGUUGAAGCUGUUAUAUUUGGGUGCAUUCCUGUCAUUAUAGCAGAUGAUAUCGUUCUUCCAUUUGCAGAUGCCAUUCCAUGGGAAGAAAUUGGAUUGUUUGUGGUUGAGAAGGAUGUGCCUAAUUUGGAUACAAUACUUACUUCGAUUCCUCCCGAAGUUAUCUUGAGGAAACAAAGAUUACUUGCUAACCCUUCAGUUAAACAAGCUAUGCUGUUCCCUACACCUGCUCAACCUGGUGAUGCUUUUCAUCAAAUAUUGAAUGGACUUGCACGUAAAUUGCCCCACAACCAAAACGUUUUCUUGAAACCUGGGGAAAAGGUUCUGAACUGGACUGCAGGACCUGUGGGUGACCUUAAGCCUUGGUAGAUGGUCCUGGGUAGAAAAUUUCAGGUGGCCGAACAUUUUUCCCUGUGAAGAUAAUACUUCUAGAGGUGGGCAUUUGUUUGCUGUUGUAAAUGAUAUAUCCAUUCAUUUAGUGUAAAAUUGUUAACUUCUUUUUGCCAAUACAAAAUGAGAUCAUUCUGUAAUUUUGCAGCAUUAAUGGUUUUAUUUUUGCAAUGUGGUAUUUAGUCUCUCAAGGAAAGUUGCUUAGAUUUGAAUCUUAUCAUGCUCCAUAUUUAGUGUGAAACAUCAGUUUUCAGUA